AUGACAGAUAGUGCUUACUUCCCCAGAACGUACGGUAAAUAUCGCCGUCCCUCUUCCCGCCGUCUCGCACCCCCUUUGGGGGGUCCGAGAGCGCUCUUCGGUCGCAUGCUCGCGCCUUUUCGCCGCUCUCACUCCAACACUAAUAAGUCAACUGAACUCCACCAACGCCUGAGGCGGCCCAUCUUUUCUCGUGGUUCUCAUGUCGUCGAAGUUGCUGCAGUAAAGGACAGAGAAGUUAUAUUUACUGCUCCACCGCCGCCAGAAAAAACACAGCAGCAAACCCAAACACACGCCCAGGGGUCAUCCACAACCCAGCCUGUUCCAGGUGCUAAUCCUACUACACCACGCCCAGGAUAUGCACAUUCACUACCCGUUCGAUUGUUGGCUCAUCUCAUGCUUUUUCUCUGCUGCGCAUCUCAACACGCCAAUGGAAAUGCACAAUCAACGCAGCAGCAGCAAGGUCAAUCACAGGGUCAUGCCCAGGCCGAGAUAUCGUCAUCUCAGAAUCGGCCUCCUGCUGCUCCGACAUCUAUGAUACCUCCUGCUCCUGCGACCAGUCCUACCGCACCAAGUGCAGCAAGCGCGUAG